AUGUCACAGAAACGCGUCCUCUUCGUCUUUACCUCUGCCAGCAAGACUCUCCUCGGUGAGGGCACCGGAUGGUACCUCCCUGAAGCUGCUCACCCGUACUACAUCAUCGCUCCCCAGCACAUCGUCGACUUCGCCGCACCGGAGGGCCCAAACCCACCGAUUGACGAGGGUAGUGUCGCCGCCUGGAAAGAAGACAAAGAAUGCGCCAAGUUCCUCAACGACCCCGCCGUCCAGAACAAACUAGCCACAGCCAAGAAGCUCAGCGAGGUGUCCGUGGGCGACUAUGAUGCGAUAUUCUAUGUUGGUGGGCACGGUCCGGUAAUCGACUUGGCCACUGAUCCGGUGAAUGCGAAGCUUGCGUCUGGAUUCUGGCAAGCGGAUAAGAUCGUUGGUGCAGUGUGCCAUGGUACUGCUGCACUAGUCGGCGCAGUCGACGCCUCUGGAAAGUCGAUCUUCGUGGGCAAGAAAUUCACCGGCUUCUCCAACAAGGAAGAACAAAUUGUGAACAAAGUAGCAGCAAUUCCCUUCCUCCUAGAAACGAAAAUCACGGAGCUUGGUGGAAUAUACGAGAAAGCUAGUGAACCUUGGGGCGUGCAAGUCAGCGUGGAUGGCAAGCUGCUCACCGGACAGAACCCAGCGUCUGCGGGUCCUCUUGGAGAGGAGUUGCUUAAAGUCCUCAGCGCGUGA